CAGAGUGGAGAACCCCUUUACGACCUUUGCCAAGAGCAAAGUGUGGGUAAUACGAUUAACCACAGCUCCUCUCCUUGCAGAAGGCGACUCCUUCCAACCACGGUUGGUUGUCAGCAAUGUUGCAGUGCAGACAUGCUCAGGAAUUCAGCUUUGGGCCCCGGGCACUGAAGGAUGCUCUGAUUUCAACAGAUCCUGCCCUGCAGGAGCUCUAUGCUACAGCCUUCUCUAGCACCGAGCAGCUCUUCCUGUCGGAAGCAUACAACCCUCGCCGGACCCUUUUCUGCAGCCUGUUCAUCAGGACGGCCUUUGACUGGCUCCUCAGCCACCCCGAUGCCCCUGAGGACUUUGAAACCUUCUACUACGCUUUGCUGAAGAAAAAGCAACGAUUCUGCCGCAAGCACAUUUACUUGCAACCCAUAGACUUAAGUGAAGGCCCCGUUGGAAUUUCUCUCCUGGAUUCUCUCCGGAGCUGCGUUGAGUCUUUCUUCCUGGGCCUCCGAGUUAAGUGCCUCCCUUCGAUCCCCAUCUCUUCCAUCCACUGCUGUUACCGUCACAACCAGGAUUCAGACAGAGCGCAACUUCACACAGAUGGCAUCCUGACCUUUCUGAAGAACAACAAGCCAAUGGAUGCUCUCUGUGUCCUGGGCCUCACCCUUGCUGACCUCUACCCACGUGAGACGUGGAGCUUCACCUUUGGCAAAUUCUUGCCAGGCCAAGAAGUGGGUGUGUGUAGCUUUGCCAGAUUUUCCAGCGACUUCCCCCAGGUGGGUUGCACCACUUUAAAUCCAUCUCCACGGCGACAGGAAGCUCACGAUGAAGAAGCGGAACUAGCCAGAAAGCAGACGUUGUUGUUCAACAUGCUGGAAAUGCUUCAGUGCUGCAAGGUCACAUGCCACGAGAUAUGUCAUCUGAUUGGCCUGGGGAAUUGCCGCUGGCUCCAGUGCAUCAUGCAAGGCGCCCUGAGCCUGGACGAGGUCCUGCUGCGCCCGCUCGAACCCUGCCCAAUCUGUCUUCGGAAGCUGCAGUACGUUGUGGGCUUCAAGCUCAUCGAGCGCUACAGGAAGCUCUACACCUGGAUGCAAACUAUUUCAUCUACCUGGUUCAGCCAAGAGUGUACAGACCUCUCUGUGUCAGAGGACACUUGGCCACACAGUGCAGAUUCUGGGAUGGGUUGUGAGAAUGAUUCCGAGGCAGUGACCUCCCUCUCGGAGCCCUUGACCCCAGACACCUGCAGCCAAGGGGUGUCCGCGUUGCAGGAUCUCAACCUUGACGAGCAGCCGACUUCUCUGGCCAGCGUUCCAGACCAAGAACAAUUGGGCAGCACCCCCAAGCCCCUGGACAUAGUCAAGGAGUACAAACUGUGGCUUGAGAUGUGCAUUGCAGCUCUUGAAAAGGAGGUGCCGGAAGAGGAAAUCCAGCAACUGGACCGGACUGUGGAUGCUCUGACACGAUGGGAGAUGUUCACAGGACGGCUGCCCAACACGCGGAAAGACUUACCUUUCACCAGUGACAGCCCUGGGCUGAGGAAAGUUCUCGGAGACAAAUUCUCCUCUUUAAGAAGGAAACUUAGCUCCAGAAAACUGGCAAGAGCAGAAUCCUCCCCUCAUCGCUGGAGGUGGGAAGAAAGCUAGCUUCCUGAGACAUUUGCCCGCUUUUAAAAAACGAUGGAUGAAGUGUGGGUUUUGUUAGUCUUGUUUCUCCUAUUAUGCCUCUUGUCUUUUCAACUGCAAAUUCUUAUUGUUUUGUCAGAGAAAAUAACUUCCCAAGGGCAAUAAAGUCACUUUCUUUGGA